AGGGGCGACCGGAGGCCUCCCCUCCGCCGUCCGCCCGUCGGUCAGCCUGUCCGCCCGUCCGUGAGCGGCGGAGCGGCGGUGGGGAGGGAGGGGUGUUGGGUUACCCCGGCCCUGCCCCGCCGCCGCCGCGGGGCCAGCGGGUGCCGCGGGGCUGCGCCGGCGGACGCGCAGCUCACGGUAUGUCGGGCCGGUGACUUCAGCCGGGAGAUAUUUGGAGGCUCCGCGGGGUCCGGUGCGGGGGGCCAGCGUGUGUUUGGGUCUGAAAGCGAAUCAGCGGAGGGAGCGUCACUGCCAAAGGGCCCUAUAAAUCCAUCUGCAGCGCCGAGUCGCCCUGGCAAAGCCCCCGCGCCCGUGCGUCCGGGUCCGCGCUCCCCUCCGCCCGCGGGACCGGUGUCCCCCGCGCCUCGCCCAGCCCCGCUCCCCACCACCGAACCCGCCGGCGCCCGGGGAGCCUGGCCGGAGCAGCCGAGCAGGCGCUCCCCGGCACCGGCCCGGCGUCCCGCCGCGCUUCCCACUUGGAUCUAAGCUUUCGCUGCGACGGGACCCCUUAUUCGGAGAAGGAAGCCUCGCCGUCGCCGCCGCUGCUGCUGCUACGAGCUCUACAAAUCCCAGCGCCGGCCUCUGAUUCUCCCACCAGACUGUGGGGGGUGGUUAGAUAUUUUUUUCCCCUCCUUAGAUGAGGUGGGGUUUUUCGUGAUUUGUGGGGUUUUUUUGUGUUCUCUUUGGGGGUAUUUUUUUCCCUCUUUUUUUUCUCCUUCCCGCCGUUGCGUGCGUGUCCGAGCGGUGUGCGGCUCCCCGCGGUGCUGGACCAGCUGGCGUUACAGGAGCCCUGAUGUCUUCAUCUGACUCCCCGCAGUUGUUGAUGGAGUGUCUUUCUCAGAUUUCCAGGCAGGGUCCCAGGAGCAGCACCCACAGCCAGAUCCCGCUGCCAGGCGGCGCUCCCCGCGGCUCGGGCCGCUCCCGCCGCUGCUGAGCGCGGUUCUGGGGCCGGAGCGGGCAGAGAUCGGCGCGGAGCCGCUCCUGCCGUGGCCACAGCACCUGCGGCGGCGGGGAGGGCGCGGGGCUUGUGCUGGCGGCUGCCCUUUUCCCCCAUCCACAUUUGCGACCUUGCCCUCCUCCUCCAUACUGACACCCCCCACCACCCCCAAACCCUCCGCACAAAGAGGGUCCCGGCGCUCGGCCCCCGACCUGGCCCACAUGCACCACCCGUCCGGUCGCUUGGCUCCCCGGCGUUAAUGUCCAUCUCGGGUCCGACGAGACCAGCUCAGAGGGGCCCGUGUUGGAAGGAGAUCUAAGAUGAAGUUAUGGGAUGUUGUGGCUGUCUGUGUGGUGCUGCUCAACACGGUCUCCACCUCGCCCCUGCCCACUGGUAAGACGCCUCUCAAGGGGCCCCCUUCAGUGGUAGAGGGGCCUGAAGACGAUCUCUCCCCCAUCAGCCUGCUGCCUCCCUAUGCUGUGCGCAGUGACUCUAAUAUGCCAGAGGAUUAUCCAGAUCAAUUUGAUGAGGUAGUGGACUUUAUUCAAGCCACUAUUAAAAGACUGAGGAGGUCACCAGAUAAACAGACCCCAAUUUUUAAUAGGCGGGAGAGAAACCGGCAAAACACAGCCACAAACAUAGAGAAUACCAGCAAAAAGGGGAGGAGGAAUCAAAAGGGAAAAAAUCGGGGAUGUGUCUUAACAGAAAUACAUUUAAAUGUGACUGACUUGGAUUUGGGAUAUGAAACCAAAGAAGAGCUGAUUUUCCGGUAUUGCAGUGGAUCUUGUGAUGCAGCUGAGACCACCUAUGACAAGAUUUUAAAAAACUUAACCAGAAAGAAGAAACUAGUCACUGACAAAGUGAAGCAAGCCUGUUGCAGACCCACAGCCUUUGAUGAUGACCUGUCCUUUUUGGAUGAUAACCUGGUUUACCACAUACUGAAAAAACAUUCCGCAAAAAGGUGUGGAUGUGUCUGACUGCUGCACGCCAGAGGCAGCGCCUGUUUUGCAUUCCUGCUAUGAUGCAAAAAUAGGGACCAAGGUUCCUGGGGAUAUGUCUGCUCAGAGCAGAAAAAAAGGACCAAGAAUGCAGAACGAGGUGUUGUGAGAGCCUGGGGAGGGCGCGAGGCGGCAUAGGAGGAUGGAGGCUUUUGACAUCCUACGGGAAAGUACAUAAAAGCUCAGGUGGAGAUGCUGACGGCUGGAUGGCAUGAGUGCUCCCUUUCCCGUUUGACACAGUUCACCAUCAGUGGGACUCGGAUCCAUGAGGAAUGUGCUUAAAAACACAACCCUGCCAUACCGUGUUGUGUUGUAACUAUACCAUCUGUGCCAGGAAGCUUAGCCAAGAAGUAGUUUAGGAGUACCUUACUCAUCCCCAGUGCUCUCAGCUUUACUGAAAGACACAUUGUGCUACUGCUCAUUGAAGGGUGGUUCUUAAGCGCUUAGGACAACCUCAAAACCAUAAUAAGAUUAACAUUGUAAGUAAGAUGAUAUCAGGCAAAUAUCAAAAUUUCAAGGCUCAAGUUCUCUAGGGCCAGUACUGAUAUGAAUCAAAACAGUUCCACUUACUGGUUAAGUUUGAUUAUUUCCAUCUCGUGUUUUUGCAAAAGGAGUGUAGGAUUUCAUUCUUCUGGUACCUAUGAAAACAAGUUGAGUUUUUAAGCACUUCUUCCUAGUAUAGUAAGACAAGUAACAAGCCCCGCCAAGACAAAACGCGUUUCUUUUGGUUUACAAAGGACUAACGUCACUUGCGUAACUACAUUUCUAUUUGGUCAUUGUGAGUGAGCAGAGACUACUUGAUGCAAUGCAUCCAUUCAGAGACAUAAAUAUACAGAAGAUAUUUAUUGAGAUUAAGUUAUUGUUAUUUAUUACAGUUCAGUAAUGAGUCUCCUUUCCUUAUUUAUUAAAGAUUCUUUUCAAAGGUGCCAAAGUAGAAGGUGCUUGGAAGAUACAGAGAGACAAUGAAGUUGGGAGCAACAGUCCAUGCUUUUGAUUGAAAUAGUUAAUUUGAAUGCAAAAAAUCACUUACUUUACCUUUUUUCUUCAAAACAAAAUCCUGAUUGUGUUUGCAAAAUGUAGUGCCAAACCCUGCAGCCCUUCCACCUGUUCACUAAUACUCCAAAAAUCACUGCAGUUAUACAUGUGCAGGACCAGCAACAGCUCUGGACAAGCGAGGGUUGCAGGACUUGGCUCAACAUUAGCAAUUUGUUAGAAGAACUAAUUCUAGUCAUAUUUUAAAUGUAGCCACAUUUUUUUUCUCACAGUUUUUGCCAACUGACCUCACAUAACUAUUGACAAAUGGAAAAUAAUCACAUUUAGCAUUAUAAUUUCUUUUUGUAUUUAUUUAAGCUUUUCCUUCCGUAUUUCCAUAUAGAAGAGGUUAAAUCCCUCUUAUUAGUUAGCCCUGGAUUUAAUAUAGCCUGCAGGUAAACAAUUGUGUUAAAUAACCAAAGUGUUUUGUAUAAUUUGCUGAAACUUACCCACACAGCAGAACAGUUUGAAUUUUCUUAGGAUGAGGGAGGUUGUAGAGCAAAGGCAUUCAGAAUGCAAGCCCUAGUUCUGGAGACUUUUUUCCUGAAGGAGCAGCAAUGCAGGUCACCAGUCAUACCUGAAAACCAGUGAAGCAUCAACUCCCACAAAAACAACAGGAAGAAAAAAAAAAUCCCUACUGAAACCCAAAAAAACAAUGGUCUGACCUUUUAUCUCAUGCAUGCAAUGGCUCUCUAUAUUCAUUUUAUCCUGGGUCCCUCAGGGCACCACAGAAGAAGGGUCCAGAGGUCAAGGAAGUUGAAAAGAGGCAUAGAAAGAUGUGCGAAGUGUAUGAAAUGUAAUUCAGCCCUGGCCUCCUCUGCUUCCCUGGGUGACGGAGGGCAGGCGCAGAGCCCACCUGCAGGGUUCGUUCUUGCACUGCCAUGGGGAUACCUCACCCUCCGCGCUGGCCAGGGCUGGUACAGCUGGUACCACCAGCACUGGUAUGGUUUGGGCAGUAAAAGCCUGCUAAGCUGAGUGUCAGCUGUGCUGCUGGGCAAUUGCCCAGCAGCAGCACUCAGAGCUGUACUUUUACUUGCCCCAAAGCAUUUUCUGCGCAGCUUGAAGAGGCUGUAAGAAAAGCAAAGCACUAUGUUCAAAACACAAAAGGGUAAAGUUUGUGAUUUUUUUGUUUAUAUUUUAGACCUUACUGAAGACAGGAGUGUGCUUCUCUGGAGUUUUUUACUUCACCUGCGAUUUAUGUCUCAAGUCAUUCGUGUUAAUCAACCAAAGUUCUCUACAGACUUUAUUUUUGUACAAUACUCAUUUUAUAACUUUUUACAAAAUAAAACUAAUUUCUAUUGUUA